GAGUAGCUCAAGGAAAUGCCUUUUUUCUUUCUCUUUGUUGCAGAGAAUCCCUGCAAUAGCCAUCCAUGUGGUUCCCUAGGGGCUUGUGACCUGGAUGGUGUUCAGUACUACUGCAACUGCACUUCAACAGCAAUAUAUAAUGGAAUAACCUGCAUAACUGACCCCUGCCAUUCCAAUCCAUGUGAUAAAUACAGCACAUGUCGGCAUAAUGAGGACUUUGAGCCAGAAUGUUACUGUACAGAGGGCAUCACAUGCAUUGUUGAUGAAUGCCACGUUGAGGAGUUGGAACAUAGUAAUUGCAUCACCCUGGCAACCUGUGAAGAAUCAUCGUUGGACCUUUCAACAGGCUGGAAACAUCAUGACUGCAAAUGUCGAUAUGAGGUCAUUAAUGGGACCAAUGUCACAAAUGUCUGUCCAGAUGGAGGUUGUGAUGAAAGAACAUGCGACGAGAACGUCAACUGCAACUACAUUGAUAUGCCAGGAGGCAUUCGAUACAACUGCUCCUGUGCUCCUGGAUAUACCUUUAAUACAGUUGGAAAAUGUGAAAAGGACCAGAAACCGUAUUUAUGGAUGAUAGUUGUUGUGGCAGUAGUUCUUGUGGUUGUGGCAUUGAUAGUUGGCUUCAGGUACAUCAUAAAGUCCAAACCACAAGAGACGUGUGGAAAGAAAAUCCCGUAUAGUGAUGACAUAAGCACAUCACCACCAGAACCAAAUCUUAAUAACCACCCGCAUGAUGAGUCACCUGAAGAUCCAAGACCCUAUGAGAGAGUCCCAGAUGCGCACGCGUGGGAAAGUGCUGAGUGUGCAAGCAACCAGCCCGACAAGAGGAUUCUCAUCAUCUCUACCGAAGAGACGGAAGAACAUCGUAAUGUUGUCUACAAGUUUGCUAUCUUCCUCAAGACCCACGCAGGUUUACUUCCCAUAGUUCCCUCCCAGCACAUUAAUGAAAUACACAAGCUGUCUCUUGAAACAUGGCUCAGUGAAGAAAACAGACAAGCAUUCAAGGUGCUCUUUAUUUGCUCAGAGGGGAUGCAGCGUCGAUGGGAGCAGGAGAGGAAAGCUGUCCCAAAUCUAGACAGCCGAAGUCCGGGAGAAAAUGCAUUUGGAGACCUCUUCAUACAGAUGAAACAUAUCACCAGUACAGAGAGACUUCAAUCAGGAAUGCUACACAAGUUUGUAGUCGCGUAUUUUGGCGAUUAUUUCAGUAAAAGAAUGGUGAAUGAUAUAGAGCUCUUAAGAGGUAUGCCUCGCUUCAAUUUGAUGACAGAAAUUGAGCAACUCUGCUUCCUUCUGAAUGGGAUAGAGCAGUAUACCCCAACAUCAAAUCGAAGGAUGCCGAAUGUCAGUAAGUAUGAGAGUGUGCCUGAAGGCCAGGCUUUGAUGGGAGCCAUUGGGAUGAUGACAGAGAGAUGUGGUGCAUCCUAUUAUGGACGGGCUAUUUCAAGUAAUCCUGACACUCCUACGUCAGAGGGGUCUGGUGUCAGCAAUCACUUUGAGCUGAACUCACAGGAUGGAGGAUUUGAUUUCCAGCUAAUCCCAGAGAAUGACAAACAGGCGAUGACCAGUGCUUCGGAUUUCUUUUCUCCUUUUGGGAGUGACGAUAGGAGUAGUAGCAGUAGGAGUAGCAGCGUGUUGCACCAGGUGGAUGUUCAUCGUGAAAGCAGUGAUGAUGGGGAUUUCCCCCAAGCCGUCUCCGAGACACUCAACGAACCCCACUCGCUGGGUAAUCUAGACUCGGGCCUUAGCAGCCUUCCAAUGUCCCGCUUGUCCAGUCAAGAGGAUGCCCAUGUUACGAGCCUUGAUGAUUUUGUGGUUCAUGUACCAACCAAACAUGAAGAUAAUUCAUUAGACUCUGGCUUACAUAGUCAACCCCAAUCGUGUACAUCUGGUGCCCAGGGAAUAUCGUUAGCAUGAGAUUAAUUCUGAUCAUGCUAUUAAUUGUCCAUAAAUGCAUUAUGUCGAUAUGUUAGACAACAUGCAUCAUAUGCUGUAUUUGUUUUUCUUCACAGUGACAUUUGUAGUUUAGAUUUACUUUUUGAAAAAUUUACUUAAAAUCUCAAUUAAGCAGUGUAUUCAAAACCUCAUUACCUUCUUUUGAACUCUGUUCAGGUAUCCAAUUCAAUUGUGUACCCUUAUUUGUUAUUCAUUCUACUAUAACAAGAAUAUGAAAUCACUCAGGAUAAUCCUGCCUAUUCCAUUUAAUCCUCAAUCUUAUGGCUCAUGUGAUAAAACCUUUCAACUACCACUCGUAUUGUCAUCGAAUAUGAGGGUUGGUAUUCAAUUCAGUACUGAAGUCUGAAAAUUUUUAAUUAGAUUCGAUUUUGAUAAAAAUAUUUGGUCCACUGUGGUAUUCAAUUCAUGAUUUCAGUGACAUAUUUUACCUUUGAUUGAAAGCACCCUCCGUGGAGACUUAAUUCAAAUAUUUCAGAGUUAUAAGCAGGUAUAUAUUUUUUUUCUUCAUUCAUCUUGAACUCUGCAGAACUAGAAUCUAUUGCCUUAGGUGCAAUUAUGAACAUUUGAAUGAAUUCUGCUUAAAUUUUUCCCCCUAAAAGUAAAGUAUAAAAUUUUCAACUUAAGGAAAGAUCUUAGCUAAGCAAAAUAAUCUGUCCAACACAAAUGUUUUAACAGAAUAUCAUAUUGUAUUUUAAAAUGUAACAGAUCAUUCACAUAUCAACCUUAAAACUGGUAAAAUUCUACAUAUGUAUUCUAAGAAAUUAUCUUAAAAGGGUAUUUUGCAAGAUUUACCUAUUUGAUGUUUUCCCUUAAAAAUGUAUUUAUUCUUUCCCAAGAAAUAAUGAUAACUUGUAUCAUGCAUUAUUGUACUUUUUGUUUUUUGGUGCACCUAAAUAUUCAAAUAAUUGUUAUGAGUCAGAGUACUUGUGAUGAUAGUGUUCUAGUGGCUAUAAGUGACAAAACAGCUCAGAAGAAACUACGCAAUAUAAUAGCUGUACUGGGCUUAACGUCCUGAAUAUGAUGUUAUAUGUUGAGAUUAGUGAUUGUUGACCAGUCCAUAUCAGCAGAUGAAUCAAGUUGAGUUGUAUGACAUUUUAUAAAACAAAGCACCUAAAAUGUACUUUCAAUCUCCUUGUAAGAGUUAAGAGAUAUUAUAUCAUUAUUCUCGUUUGAAUUAUGACCUCUCACAUUUGUAACAUUAUACGAUGUACUUUGAACAUCGCAACUCGUGAUAGCUGUUAAUGAAGGAAAGUGGUGCAGGUGUAAAUAUACUCAGAUAGAUUGUAAAGAUACAGGGUUUUGGCAUGUGAGGAGAUGGGUCAUUAUUUUCAUCAUAAUCGGAGACACAGACCUUCAAAUUUUAGAGCUAGUUUGGGGUUGGUGUAAUAGAACCUAGAGACUCUGAAAUAUGUACAUUGGUGAUUUGGUAUUUUGGGUUUGGUCUAAUAGAUAAAAUAUGGUGUACAGGGAGUUUAAAUGAGAAGUUAGAAAUAGAUCUUGAUGCUUUAAUAUUGACAUCAAGUCAUUGAAGAGAGUGCCUUUGAUUUUGUGGAUGUUUAAAAGUUAACCUACCAAACACAGCACACCUCAUACAAAAUCAACUCAAACACACAAAUGCUUUAAACAGUGCCUUUAUUCUUUUUAUUUUAUUGUAAAAACACAUUUUAACAAAAAAUUAUCAGGUUUACAGAAUGACAUUUUUGUUAUGUCACAACAUAUUCAAACAGGUAUGCCUGAACUACUGUACUUUUUAGAGAGAAGAUUAUAUCAGAAUGAUUUGAAAAUGAAAAUAUUCUGACUGGACUUCAGAGAUUUAGAACACUGCAACUUAAUCAAUGUGUGACUAUUACAUGUAUAUGAAUGAAAACAUAGUUUUUACAAAUUUAUUUGGAUUUUUUGACAGUUUAUCAUAGUUUAGAGAUACAAUCAUACAUGUAACUAAGUGCAAUUUUUAGUCAAUUGAGCCACCGUCCACUAGGAAGAUAUGGAUCUUCAUUCCAAUUUGAUUAUUUUCUUUCACAUCUGUGCCAGUCGUACGUUUUGAGUUAGAUUUAAAAGCAACCAAAUAGUUAACCAUCUUGCUUGGAUUUAAAGGACAAGUCCACCCCAACAAAAUAAUGAUUUGAAUAAAAAGAGAAAAAUCCAGCAAGCAUAACACUGAAAAUUUCAUCAAAAUUGGAUGUAAAAUAAGAAAGUUAUAAGUUUCGCUUAAUUUCACAAAACAGUUAUAUGCACAUCCUGGUCUGUACGCAAAUGAGGAGACUGAUGAUGUCAUCCACUCACUAUUUCUUUUGUAUUUUAUUAUAUGAAAUAUUCUAAUUUUCUCAUUGUCAAGUGAAACAGUGAUUAAUUCCUCCCUGAACAUGUGGAAUUAGCAUUAUUUAAUACUAUAUGGUUCAGUCAAGUCGGUCCCUCUGGUCAAAUCUGUAAAAAAUGAAAUAUUGUACAAUUU